CUGCCGGUAGAGUGGACGUGAGGAAGAGAAGAAAAAAGCAGAAGAGGAACAAACGUCGAAACGAGCGCAGGUUGUUUUUUUUAUGAGAAACAUUCCCCGCCGAGAAGACUAAAAGCUCCAAGUCCGAGAACCGCAACAGAAAGCCGGCUGCAGGUGACCGACGAUGGCUGUGAACGUGUACUCGACCUCAGUGACCAGCGACAACUUAAGUCGCCACGACAUGCUCGUGUGGAUCAACGAGUCUCUACAGAUGAACCUCACCAAGAUAGAAAUGCUGUGCUCAGGUGCUGCUUACUGCCAGUUCAUGGACAUGCUGUUUCCCAACUCUGUGCCUUUGAAGAAAGUGAAGUUCGGGGCCAAGCUCGAGCACGAGUACAUCCACAACUUCAAGCUUCUGCAGGUGGCCUUCAAAAAGAUGGGUGUCGACAAAAUCAUUCCGGUGGACAAACUGGUGAAGGGGAAGUUCCAGGAUAACUUCGAGUUCGUACAGUGGUUCAAGAAGUUCUUCGACGCCAACUACGACGGAAAGGAGUACGACCCCGUGGAGGCGAGACAGGGGCAGGACGCCAUGCCCACCCCCAACCCCGCCACAUCAGCUCUAAACAAACCACCCAAAAAGGCCCUCAAUCAAGCUCCUCAGAGGCCUCCUGUGGCUAAGGUGGCGCCCAAGGUGGCUCCGGUCAGCGCGAAGAAGGCGGGGACGGGAGGAAACGACGAGGAGAUGGCUGAGCUCAUCAAUGAGAUGGAGAUGCUGAAAUCCACCAUCCAAGACAUGGAGAAGGAGAGAGACUUUUAUUUUGGAAAGCUGAGGAACAUCGAGCUGAUCUGCCAGGAGAAGGAAGGCGAGGGCGACCCGACGCUGCAGAGGAUCGUCGACAUCCUCUACGCCACAGACGAGGGCUUCGUCAUACCGGACGCUGAGGAUCAGGAGGAGUUUUAAUAUUCAAGACUGCAGCAACGUUUCUCGUAGACGUCCUCGCCCACCAACCCGCCUCCACACCCCGAUCAAGCCGAGCCUUUGGUUUUUAUAUCCAGCGCUGAACCCGGUCUCAGCUUGACCCCCCCGCUGGACUUCUCCUUCUUCUCGCCUUCGACAAACAUCCUUUACCACGAAGCCUCGGCCCCGCCUCUCUCCUGUUACUCCAUCUUUCCCAAAACCGGAUGGUGCCAACAAACAUAUCUGGUGUUUGUAACGAACUUUGAUUUGAAAACACGGUGACGAUGUUCUCUGUGUGUGUGUGUGUGUGUGUGUGUGUGUGUGUGUGUGUGUGUGUGUGUGUUUGAAACGAAAUGUGGAGAUCCUCCUCCGCAGACCCGGCCGACUUCCCAAACUAAUCCCGACACAUUCCCAGCGAACCCGCUGAGCGUUUGUGCGGGUUUAGUCUGGGACGCGGCGGCGGCGGCUUGUCUGCUGGCCUUCUUCCACCAUGUUUAUUUGUGCUGAGCUUUUGUAAAUUGAUGCUCCUGUUCAUCACGCCUCCCACCUCUCCACUGGUUGUGUUUUUGUGUUUGGCACGUGUUGUUCACCUUUCUGAUCGCAGCCACGUCAGCGCAGAGAUUUUUUCCCCCACACUGAAAAUAUUCCUCGUAGCACAUCGGACACGUCAGGCUUCCUAACAAACUCCAGGACACGUUUGCGUUUCACAGCCUUCUGAUCAACACGCCAAUGUUUAGUAAAAAAACAAAACAAAACCAGGUUGUUUUGUACGUUUUUGUCUGUUUCCUACAGCGGCGCUUAAACACCACGGGAAAUCCAAACGCUGUGCGCUCCAAGCCGAAACCCGACUGAGUCCGCUCAGUGACGAGCAGCUGGGGGCAGAGGGUGGGGUACCUCCACCCUCAGGCUGUGCUGUCAUUGACUCCGCCCCUCUGAUGCACUCGCUGUAACCUUAAACAACCCCCUCUUUGGUCUGCACGGCAGUCGGCUCAUCUUCAAUCUCUGCCCGCGGGGGUUAAAAGCCUGUCCGGCUCCCUCGGGCUCGCGGCCGAUUGGGUCCGUCUGUAGACACUUCCUGUUAAAGUUCGGCGUCGGUGUUUAGGCGUGUUGCUUAGCGUGCUGGAGGAAGCGUGUGGGAAUCACUGCAGGUCCGUAUACAUGUCCCUGCAGCGCUCUGUCGUGGGUCUGACUGGAGCCCAGUUUCUGAGAUGUUCCAUCGAUGGCCUUAUUCUUUCUUUACUGUGUGUGUGUGUGUGUGUGUGUGUGUGUGUGUCUGCUGUUUGUGCGUUUACUGUCAGUCUGGAGGUCGUUGUGGGGAAACGCUCGGCAUCCGUCUUCCAUCAAACGCUCCCAAAAGUGUCCGGCUGAGGCUCGGUCCGCUCUGCUGCUUGUUGCCUUCAGCGUCUCUGAUUUGACCUCCAGUCUCUUCAUUUCUCCAUCUUACUUUUUCAGAAUGUAUUUUUUGAAGAGCGGGCGGAGCCUCUGAGCCUCGUGGUGGGGUUGCCGGCUGGUUGGGGUGGGGUUCUGUGCUGCAGCACGCUGUUCCAUUCAGACCUGAGGAGGAAAACUGAAAGUAGUCUCCUAGUUUUAGUGGUAGUCUGGCUUCUGAUUAAUGUGACUGAAGUGAAAGUUCAUAAAGGCACAGAAACAGGUUUGAAAGCUCUGCAGGGAUGUCUCUUUCCAGAAGAAUGUGAACCACGUAAAAAGAAAAAGCACUCGGACCUGGUCGGGAGACGUUUCAUGCAGGAACUAUUUUCCCUCUGCCGUCUCCAUCCAUCGGUUACAGCUCUCUCUCACGGGCGGAGGGACACGAGUGUGGAAAGAGACAUUUCUGCAUUCUUUAAAAAAAAAUUAAAGAACGUUUUAAUUUUUUUAUUUGUUUACAUUUCUUUUUUUCUAAUUUUAUUUUUUGCGUGUGCCGCUUGGCUCCAUCACAGUGACGAGUGGGCGGAGUUCAGGCUGGAUCAGAAGCCCUGAAGGCUGGGUGGAGGUGGGUGGGGGUGAAGACGAUUAAACAUUAAACUUUAUUUUGGCACGUUUGUCCGAAUGAAUUUGUUGAAACUUUUGCUGGCGUCACAUUAAAGCUGGUGGCGUGAGGAACUGGAGGCGGAGCUUCCCUAUAGACGAUGUCAGCAGCGUCCACUGCUCUCCACCUGCAGCGUUCCAGUCUGUCAUGUAGUGAGUUGAGGCUCUCAGGUGGAAUUAUGCUGACCCCAGUAAGGCCCGCUCCUCCAAACCACUAAAAAUCCUUCAGUAAACGUCACACGAGGCUCUGAGCUGUUAGGAAAUAAACGACAACUCGGCGUGAAACUGUGACUUCCUGUGUGAAACUUUCUUUGGAGAUGAUUAGAGGAUCGUAUCGAGCAGGAAGUGGACUUUGGGUUUGGUUCCAAAAAUGCCCCUUUGUGCUCUGAGGCGUGUGAUGUUGAGCCUUAUUUAAAAGUCCAACCAGAUCCUCACAAGAACAGCACGGUGGCAUCGCUGCGUCCAAACUUACCGCUGUCUUCAGUAGCAUAAAAGUCGUCUUCAGCCGGUAACCCUCCGCCAUGUUUGGCUCUCAGCAGUUAAUGAGGUAAUGGUCCUCUUCUUCCACCCCUGUGGUCCCAGUAGCCAAUCCAGAGCUGGCACUGAGCAUCUUCACCUGGAAACAGCUGCUCUGUUCUCAGAGAACGGCGAGGUCCCAACUGGUGGAAGAGCAGGAACCAGUGCCAACAUCAGGUGACCAGUUUAGCGGUGCUUCUGUCUUUGUGCUGAUAGUUUCGGACAGUCGGCCGGUUUUUGUUUUCACGUCUGAACGCGGACUGCGGUCUGCUUUAACGAUAAUAAGUGUGUCUCUGUAAGUGUUAGAAGGACUGUGGUGGUGUUUCAUGUCUGACUGUGGUACAGAACGUGUCUGAGCAAAGGGAAAUACUCGCUUUAAAGGUAAUGAUGCUUGACCGACCUCCGACCUCUCUCCCCUUUUAACGGUCUGUGCCGAUAAGCGUGCACGCCGCGGGCCGAGCGCCACCCGAGUCUUCUCUGUCCGGGCUUCUCUCUCUCUGUGUUUGUUAUACUUCUUUAAUAAAGUUUCGUACAGACAAUAAAACAGUAUUUCCACGCCUGA